GUCGAGGAGGUGAUGGAACCGGCGGGCUUUCCAGUGGUUGGGGUUGUCGUCACCGACCGUAGGAUCAAGCUACCGGGUUUCCAAGAGCUGAUGACUUCAAUAUGGAAACCAGGGAAAGGUAUGUCUAUCAAAGAGAUCGGUGAGCGAAGGUAUUUGCUAAAUUUUAACCAUGUUUUGGAUAUGAACCGUGUGAUUGAGGAUGGCCCUUGGCUUUUUUGGCGUGAUUUAAUUCUGUUGAAAGUGGUUCAGCCAGAUGAUAUAACUGAAUCGAUGAAUUUAUUUGAGACUAGCUUUUGGGUACAGGUUCAUAAUGCCCCUAUAAAAUAUAGAAAUUUGAGAUCUGCCAGGAAAACUGGUAAGUUUUUAGGAUCUUUCAUUAAGUUUGAGAUGAGCCAGUUUGAUGGAAAGCAGAGUUCUUACCUUCGCAUUAGGGUGUGUCUGGAUGUGCGCCAACCUUUGAAGAAGGGUACCACUUUGACACAAGAUGGGGUGAAGCAUUGGGUUGAUUUUAAAUACGAAAAGCUCCCUAGCUUUUGUUUUAUUUGCGGUAUAAUCGGACAUUCUGAUAAAUUCUGUCCAAUGAAGUAUGAAGAGGGCUUUGUAGCUGAAAAAACCUAUGGGGUGGCACUUAGAGCAGGAGGAAGGGCGAAGACUAGCUCGACGGGAGACAAUAAAUGGUUAUCUGAUGGAGCCUCUAACUCAUAUGGGUAUGGAGUGCAGCGGAAGGCUAAUCUUGGGGGAGAGUUUUCAGCAGAGUCCAAGUUUAGUAGGCCAGCACAGAAUGAAAAGGAGGACAAGGAGGAGACUCCUGGAGAUACAAAACGCAGAAGGAUAUGGGAUAAUCAGUCCAAAGAGGAUAUCGCUGGUGAAGGAAUGGCUCUGGAGGGGUCAAAAAAUGGGGAAGCGGCGGGUCAAGGCUCUUAGACCCGCCGUGUUUUCAUAUGCUGGUGGUGAAGAAGAAAUCAAGUGAUGGUGUUAUUAUUAUUGUCUGUUUUGUUUGCUUUUAUUUCGGAUGCUAUGUUCUGUUUUCUUUUCGUGUUCUGGUUUCAUGUAAGACUCUUGCAUUAGGUUUGGGGAGGGAAAGUCUGCUUUAACCGUCAUUGGCUUUAAGUUGCCCAAUUUUAGUCUAGCGAGUUAUACUGCUUUAUUACAGGUGGUUAACUCUCAGUCUCGGCCACGGGCGGAUGGUUAUAUGUGGUUCUUUUCUAGUUCUGUACCCUUGCUGAAUGCUAUUUCUAUGAAUUAAGCCCUCUUCGAGCAAAAAAAAACUUACAAAAUGAGCAUUGAUAGGAAAAUUAUAAGUUUUUUAGUUAACAUCAAC